GCACCACACGGGGCGGGGGGCAGGGGCAGACGGUCUGGGGACGAUGUUAGUGGCAGGGAAGGCAUACUUAGGGUACGGGGUGCCUGUCCUGGCAGUGCUGGGAAUUUCCUCCCGUGGGAGUGGGCCAGGGGAUGCCCCCUGCCCGGUUCCGGGUUGGCACCCCACGGCGCAGUACCGGCCGCAAAGAGUUAAUGCCGUGUGUGUUCUGGGAAGCGGGGCUGGGAGGUGCGUGACCCGGGGUGUGGGCGUCGACUCCUUUUGAGGUGGGAUCCUGAGCUCAAGUGCAGCGGGGGAGCGGGGCCAAGUUCACACAGCACCCUGCCUUCCCCUCCCUGCCACUCGCCGGCCGCCAGCCGGGCCGCGACGCAGCGCUGAGCCACGCCGGGACACGGGGCAGGUGAGGACGAUGGCCAGCCCAGAGGACGACCUCAUCGGCAUCCCCUUCCCUGAGCACAGCAGCGAGCUGCUGAGCUGCUUGAACGAGCAACGGCAGCUGGGGCUGCUCUGCGACGUCACCAUCAAGACGCAGGGGCUGGAGUACCGCACCCACCGUGCCGUCCUGGCUGCCUCCAGCCGCUAUUUCAAGAAGCUCUUCGCGGGGCCGGGGCCGGGGCAGGAGGUCUGUGAGCUGGACUUUGUGGGGCCAGAGGCACUGGGCGCACUGCUGGAGUUUGCUUACACAGCCACGCUGACCAUAAGCAGCGCCAACAUGGGCGAGGUGCUGCGCGCUGCCCGGCUGCUGGAGAUCCCCUGUGUCAUCGCUGCCUGCGUGGAGAUCCUGCAGGGCAGCGGGCUGGAGGCACCCGGUCCCGAUGACGGCGACUGCGAACGCGCCCGCCGCUACCUGGAGGCUUUCUCCACCCUCCCCGAGGGUGAGGUGCCUGCCCCACCACCCCCCCGCCCCACCCCGCGCCGCAGCAAGAAGACCCGCAAGUUCCUGCAAGCCCGUGGUGCCCAGCUCAACAACCACGCCGAGGAGCCACCCGCUGAGGCGGAGGGCUCCGGCAGCCCCCCGCCGCCCUCCCAGCUGCCCUCGCCCCCUCUGCCUGAGGGGCUGUCCCUGCCCUAUGACAGCUUUGAGCUGCCUGAGGAGGAGGAGCUGCCCCCACACCCCUUCCCCUUCCCCUACCAGCCCCCCUUGUCCCCGGAGGAGGCAGCUUCCGACGACGAUGCCAUCGACCCUGACCUGAUGGCGUAUCUGGGCUCGCUGCACCACGAGUCGCUGGCGCCCGGGCUGGAUAGCCCCGACAAGCUGGUGCGCAAGCGCCGCUCGCAGAUGCCCCAGGAGUGCCCCGUCUGCCACAAGGUCAUCCACGGCGCCGGCAAGCUGCCUCGCCACAUGCGCACGCACACGGGCGAGAAGCCCUUCGCCUGCCAGGUCUGCGGAGUCCGAUUCACGCGGAACGACAAACUGAAGAUCCACAUGCGGAAGCACACAGGCGAGCGGCCCUACUCCUGCCAGCACUGCAGCGCCCGCUUCCUGCACAGCUACGACCUGAAGAACCACAUGCACCUGCACACAGGCGCCCGGCCCUACGAGUGCUACCUCUGCCACAAGGCCUUCGCCAAGGACGACCACCUCCAGCGGCACCUCAAGGGCCAGAACUGCCUGGAGGUGCGGACCCGCCGCCGCCGCCGCGACGAGCCGCCGCCGCCGCCCGCGGGGCCCCCGGGCCUCGACCUCUCCAACGGGCGGCUGGAGGGGCUGCGCCUCUCCAUUGCCCGCUACUGGGCUCCAGGGCAGCCCGAGGAGGAGGAAGAGGAGCCGGAGGGUGAGGAAGGGCCGCAGCCAGACGGCGCUGUGCCCGUGGAGAUGGCAUAGGGGCGAUGCAACGGCAUGUGUCGUGCUGUUCCAUGCCGAGCUGUGCCGUGCCCACUGGGGUUUCUGUUCCUGUUUUUCCCGUCACGGUUCAUUCCUGGUUAUGCAAAGGGGGAAACUCCCCUCGGCCGAUUUGCACAAGGGGGUGGGGGGCCCCUACCACACCCCCACCGUGCCCGGGCCCACCUGGUCAUGCCCAGGCGGGUGAUGGGGGGAUUGGGACUUGGAUGUCCCCCCACCAAACCCCUCGUGGAUGCCAGGACCGGGCAGGGGCACCCAUGGACCAAGCCCCCCACCCCCAGGUGGGGAGAGCCCCCCCCAAAUCCUCUCCAGUGGGGGGGGGGCACUGCCCUACGCUGUGCAUAGCUUGCCCCCACCUCCCCACUCCGAGCAGCCCCCCCCCCCCCGGCGAGCCCCCCUCGCCCCUGCACUCCUGGCUGCUUUCUCUUGGUUGCACUAUUCGGGUGAGCCCACCCGGGUGCGGGGCAGCCCCGGCCCCCCCCGGACCUUUCCCCCUUCCGAAAUCCCCCGGCCCUGUGGGACCCUGCCCUUCCCUGGGGUGGCCGGGCCCCCGCGGUCACCCCUCUGUCCUUUGCACAUGCCCCCCGCAGGGCGCAGCCUCCCCGGGGGUGGAGGGGACCGGCACUAUUUGUCUACAAUAAGAGUUUUAUCUAUAUUUAAAAAAAAGAUGAUGUAAUAUAUUCCCCCCUCCCCACAGCCCCUCCGCUGCCAACCACCAGCGCUGCCCGGCCUCCACAUCUGCCAGGGGGUGCCGGGAGGAGUGAUGGGGCCGGGGUUGGGGGGGGGCUCUGCUCCCGUCAUGGCUUUAAAGUGCCUUAUGGUGAACUUGAACCUUUUCGGCUACUUGAACCUCUCUGGUGUCAGGAACCAAACAAACCACGGGCGGGCGGCCCCCGCCCCGCCGGGCCGCCUCUGCCUGUCUGUAUGUCUGUGUUUGUUUUAUUUUUUUUUUUGUUUUGUUUUGUUUUGGUUUUUUUUUUUUUUUUUUUGUUUUGUUUUGUUUUGUUUUUUAAACGAAGGCUGCUUGGUAAUAAACGGAGAAGCAGGGA